UGCGCGACGAUGUGUUCGGGUCGGAAAACGGAGCCGGGAAGGAAUAUACCCGGCAGAUCAGUUCGUUCGAGUUCAGUUCGUCCCGCGCGAGCGUCGGUCGCUCGGGUUUUCAUUAAAUAUCUAUAUAUUUUCACAAAAGGUGUUUUUUUAAAAAAAAGUAAAAAAAAAAAUUUAUUCUUUUUUUUGGUUGUCAAAAAUCGCAAAAUUUUUUCAUUUUACUAAUUUAUAGAGAAAUUAUAUUGUUGAACAAGAUUAUUUAUCGACUGGAUAUUAAUUUUAUCAUCACAAUAAACCUAAAAAGGAGAUUAUUAAUUUCUAUAUAUCAACUUUCUCUCUUCGAAAAGAUAGAAUGUCAGAAGAGCAACCACAGUACAAAUUAAUAUAUUUUAAUGCAAGAGGAAGGGCAGAACAUAUUCGUUAUAUUUUUGCAUACGCUGGUAUCGAUUACAUUGAUGAACGAAUUCCAAAAGAACGUUGGACAGAAAUUAAAAGAACAAUGCCUUAUGGAAUGCUACCAGUAUUACAAAUUGACGGAAAAUUGAUAGCUCAAAGCAAUGCCGUUGCCCGUUAUUUGGCACGUAAACAUGGUCUUAAUGGAAAAGACGAGUGGGAAGCUAUGUUGUGCGAUGUUCUUGUUGACACCCUCGGGGAUCUUAAACAUGAAUUAUUUCAAUAUAGGACAGAAGAAGACAUGUUUAAAAAAGAAGAUAAAAAAAUGAAGCUAAUGAAGGAAACAAUUCCUUUUUAUUUAAAUAAAUUCGAACAAACAAUUGCUGAUAAUGAUGGCUAUGCUGUUGGCUCAAAUACAACAUGGGCAGAUUUUGUUUUUGCAGUAGCUUUGGAAAAUUUCGAGCAAAUUUUUGGAAGUAACGCCCUUGAAAAUUACCCGGCCCUACGCUCAUUAAAACAACGUGUUCACGAAAUACCUGAAAUCGUGACCUGGUUAGCGAAAAGACCGCAAACUGAAUUCUAAAAAUCUUGUUAAAUUCAAGAAAGUCCAUCUUUCAAAUUUUCAAGUUCAAAUUUCAUCGAUGAAGAAAAUUUUGAUUGACUGUUUAAAAAUAAAAAUUACAAAAAAUAAUAAUAAUAAUAAUGCAUAUCUGUGAGCACUUGCAGAAACGAUUUUGCUGGAUUAGCGAGAAAAAAAAAGAGGAUUGAUUUAUAAGAAAAGAAUAAUGCGACCCGCAUCGAAUUGCAAAAUAAAAAAAAAAUAAAAUAAAACAAUUAUAAAAUCGCUAUUUAUAAUACAAAAAAAAAUUAUUGAAAAAAAAAUCUAUCCUUUUUUUUUCAAAAAUUUAAGAUUCGCAAAUCCUCUGAAAAUACGAUUUAUCAUUUCAGUCAAUAUUUCAUAGACAAUAAGAGACGAUCUUUAUUUAUUUAAAAAAAAAGUAUAUAUAUAUAUAUAUAUAUAUAUUUAAAAAAAUACUUUAAAGUAUUUUCAAAAAAUGCAAAGUAUAUAACAAGGAAACUAAAAAGAAAAAACUGUUUCACAUUAAAUAUUUUAAUAAUCGAAUGUUUCAAAUAUAUAAUGAAAAAAAAAUAUGUGUAGAAUAUAUCUAUUGUAUAUCUAUAUUAUUUGUUUAUUAUAUUAAAAAUUACAUAAAUCAGAGAUUUAUUUUUCCGAUUGUUAGAUUCCAUAAUUUUAUAUGAUCAAAUAAUAAAGAAAAAAAAAAAAAAAAAAAGAAAAUAAAAA